AUGGAAAUGGAAAUCCACCCAUCCAUCUUCGAGCAAAAAAUACAGCACCUUGCCUCCGAAUUGAGACACGAUCACUUAGGUUUCGACUGGACAAACCUUCUCAAUGCAGCAGAGAAAUUUACCGAGGCCUUCGAAAACUUUGAAAAGGCAGAUAAGACAGCUGACGAAGCUUUAGAUGAACACAACUUGCAAUUGGAGCUUGAAGCUGCCGCCGCUGAGCAAGAUACAAGUACACAAAAUCACAAAUUACGUCUCAGGGUUGCACAUCAACAACGUACCAACAUCAUCAACACACUACUUCCUACUGCAUUAGAAAAAGCCGGCGGUUUAAAAAGCACGGCACAGAAACUCAAAAGACGUGUGCACGACUUACUGGCCCAAGUGGACACCUUUAGGAAGGAGAUAGAUGACUUAUGA